CUUAAGCCAUUCCCAUCAUUACAUCAUGAAUGACCCAUAUGAAGACAGGUCCAUGCCCGCGGACUCGUCAGCUAGCGGCUACGAUGAGGACGAUCUUGCUGACAUUGAGAACAUGAAGCCCCCAGAGCUGGACUAUUAUGCUGUGUUGAAUCUGUCCAAAACUGCUUCAGAAGAGGACAUCAAAGAUUCGUACAAACGCUUGAGUAGGAUCUUUCACCCUGACAAACACAGUGAUCCAGCAUUGAAGCAGGCAGCAGAGACAAAAUUUCACGUUAUCAACAAGGCCUUCGAAGUCCUGAGUAAUCCUCAGCUUCGUACGGCGUAUGAUGAAUACGGCGAAGAGGGUAUUAACACGAAAUGGGAGAUUGGACACAGGGUUAAAACUCCUCAGGAGUUGCGUGAGGAAUAUGCUCGAUUGGCUAGAGAGAAGAGGGAGAUGGAGCUUGAGAGCUUAGUCCGAUCCAGGAACGAAAUUACAGUCAAUAUCAAUGCGUCUAGAGUGUUUAAGGAAGAAGAGAUUUUGACGCCUUUUGGAGGCACAGCAUAUGCGAAGAAGAAUAGUGGUGGCUACUUAAGUGCGCUCAAAAGGACAGAGAUCAUGCAGCUAUACAUGAAGAACUCGUUUGAGACUCAAUUUGGUCCCCGGACUCAAUUUAUUGUAGGGGGACAGAUGUCGUCUAGAAAUGGCAUGGGAGGUGGGAAUAUUAUAGGGACAAUUCGCCACACAUUUAAUGAGAAGCUGAAUGUCGAGUUAGGAUCAUCUCUUCUCAACCCCAGGAUUGGCGUACUCAAAGGCACGUACUCAAUUGAUCCUUUAACGUUCAUAACAGGAUCAGCACAGGUGCGAAACUUCCAAGGCCCAGCACCUCUUGUCUUGACGUUUGGUCGGAGGAUCACAAAAGGAGCUACAGGGUAUAUGACAUACCGCACAGGAGAAUGGGCGAUUGGCAGCUGGGGACCUGUUUUUGAGAGACGCCGAGAAUUUUCAUCCUUGGCGCUCGGUGUCAGCUCACAGGACGAGAACAGGGCCUAUCAGAUUGAGGUUCAAACAGGGCUCAUGCAGUCGCAUAUAUCUGUGGAUCAUACAUGGACUCUAGACCGCUCCACUAAAGUGCGUGUGGGCGGAAAUGUAUCUACGACUGCUGGAAUUCAUGCUAGUAUCGGAGGUGACCGCAAAGUCACUCAGCAUGUUAAAGUUGGACUUGCGCUUGAAGUUAGCCUCUCUGGAAUUGUCAUUUUUAAUAUUAAAGUCAAGCGCUUGGGUCAAAGUCUAACUGUACCUAUCAUUCUCGCGGGGGAGUUCAACCCAAAAAUUGCUUUCUGGGCAGCUGUUCUUCCCAUUUGCGCCAUCACCGCAUUAGACACAGGUUAUGUCAAGCCCAAGAGGAAAAAGGAGCGCGCACAAAAGAUUGCGGAGCUCCGCCACAUCCACGCAGACUUUAUCGCGAAACAAAAGAAGGAGGCUGAAGAAGCAAUUGAGCUCUUGAGAGAGUCAACCGCCCGCAAAAUGCUCCAAGAACAAGAAAAGGAUGGGCUUGUGAUUGUGCAGGCUCAUUAUGGAAACCUUGACGCAGCGCCAGAGCUCGGUUUGGUUGUGGAUGUGACGAUCCCUGUGCAGGCACUUGUGAACAACUCACAGCUAAUCAUGCCCGCUGGUCAUUCCAAGUCACAUAUUUUAGGGUUUUAUGAUCCAUGCUUAGGCGAGAAGAAGCAAUUGAAGAUAAGAUACGAGUUUCAAAGGAGGAUGCAUGAAGUUGUCGUAACAGACCUGGCGUCUGUCGCCGCUCCUGUUCGAUCUCAUCUUUUGGCAUAAUAGAGUAAUGAAUUUAAUAAUUAAGUGCUUGCGACAAUUCCAUAGAAGGUGGAUGGGCAUGCGCUGGACUUGUACGACUUAAAAAAGUCGCCUGCACAUUAAUAGAUAGUCUCGAAGAAAAUAAAAAAGAUAGCAAUCGCUAACUUAUAG